AUGAAGAGAGAAUAUGAGGUUAGGAAUGAAGACCUCGUUCCUUACCAUACCAUAGCAAUCGCAUUGGCCGAUUCAUUUGAGGGCUUCUACAUUGACCAUGUACCCCGUCUCAAGAAUACCUAUGCUGAUGCAUUGGCAUCACUUGCGACUACCUUAGCUCUACCUGAAAGAACUACCCAGCAGGUCACAGUGACAAGCAGACAAUUAUUCAAAUCAAAGUAUGCACUGCAGAUCAAUGCAGUUGAAGCAGAACCUUCAACACUCGAACCUAAAGAUUGGCGAUUUCCGAUCAUCGAUUAUGUCUUAUACGGCUUAUUGCCUGAAGACAUCAAAGAAAGAGAAUCUAUUCGUAGACGAGCACCUAGAUUCUACUAUGAUUCUCAAUCCCAGAUUUUGUAUCGAAAGUCGUACGACGGACUUUUGCUUCGCUGUUUGUCAAAUAGAGAAGCAAAAGAAGCCCUUAAAGAGGCUCAUGGCGGCAUCUGUGGAGCUCAUCAGCCCGGUCCUAAGUUAUGGGACCGACUACGUAGAUUGGGUUAUUAUUGGCCUAACAUGGUACAAGAUAUUGUUGCUUAUGCCAAAUGA